GAUUCAUUCUAGGCAUCCUCAAAUUCUCUCCAUGGCUAUCACUAGAGUCUUGUGCCUUAGCUUUCUUCUCCUUGUAGGGCUGGGUUUAGCUUCCGCUGCCCGAACCCUUCUUGAUUAUGAUCCCCGAACACGUCACUAUGGUUACGAUCGCCCUAACCCUAGAGAAGGGUACGAUUCGGGGCAUCGUGACGAAUCCUAUGAUAAUGCAUAUGGUGGAAGAUCGGGUGGAGGAUAUGGAGACGGAAGCUCUGCUCUCGGAGGUUCAGGCUAUGGAAGUGGUGGAGUAAGGGGUUCGGGAUAUGGUAACGGUGGAGGAAAUGCAUACGGAGGAGGGGUUAGCUCCGGCGUAGGAGGAGCAGGAUAUGGAAGUGGGAGUAGAUAUGGAGGUGGAGAAGAUCAUGGUGUUGGUUACGCUGGUGGGCGAAGUGGAGGUUAUGAAAAUGGAGGCAAUGGUGGGUAUGGGCAAGGAAGAGAUCAUGAUAUCGGCUAUGGAAGUGGAGGUUAUGAAAAUGGAGGCAAUGGUGGGUAUGGGCAAGGAAGAGAUCAUGAUAUCGGCUAUGGAAGUAGAAAUGGAAAUGGAAAUGGAAAUGGAAAUGGAAAUGGGUAUGGAGAUUCCCAUGGAUAUGGAAAUGGUGGAGGAGUCGAUGGUGGGUAUGGAAGGGGAGACGGAGUAGGAAGCCAUGCUGGUGGUUCUGGCAUUGGCGCCGGCGGUGGUUACGGAGGCCAUGCUGGUGGCUCUGGAAUUGGGGCCGGCGGAGCUUACGGCAGUGGAGGAGCUCACGGAGGAGAACAUGAUAAUAGCAAAGGAAGUGGAGAAGAAGGAGGUUAUGACGGUGGAUAUGCACUCACAAACUCCAUUUCAAACAAGAAUUGAAACCCUUCUUAAGUAUUAACCCAAUGUUCAUUAUGUCAACAAAAUAAAGAAAUUGGGUUAGAGAAUGUUGUUUUCUUAAUCUAUGUGGAAACUGCUUUCGAAUCGAAUCAAUGUGUAACAACUCGACCUUUUGUACCGGUAGCGUCAAACCGAUUACAAAAAAAA